AUGCAGAAUUGGAGGACAAGUACUGAGAUUGCUGAAAGUGAAAAAGACGGUUUGAUGGACCCUAGAAAGUUUGAUGGACCCUCAACAGCAACUCCUUCUGUCCAUGCCAACAAACUGCUCAGUAAAAAUAGCAAGGAAGCCCAUGCUUUGGCAUUCAUCAGGAUUUUCCAGAGCCAUGAAUAUGGGCCCAAAGGUGUUGCUGACUUUGACUCAGACCAAGUGGCAACCUUGGCCAAGAAAUACCCCAGGGGAGUCCCCUCCAUGACACAGCUGAUCCUGUUGGAGGACCAGAAAUUGGACUGGCCCAAUUUGCUUACGAACUGGCCAGUGAAUAACUUGGAUGUGCAUGGGUUAACAGCUUACGAUUUGGCAGUGCGCAGAAUGCCUCUGUCGACUCGCCUGGGCUUUAACAGAAGUCACGAUGACAAGCACAAAAUGCCAUGGCAAACUGUACUGGCCCUAGAGAAAUCUGCUGCUGCUAGAUACCUGGUCUCGUCCGGGCCAAUCUUGACUGACCAAGCAGAAUCCUGUUUUCCGAUUUACAGUUCUGUCAUCACUAUGAGAGCUGCGCAUGAAGCCAGAAGGUCCAGGUCCUCCCCAGUGGAGAGCUUCUCCAAGGUUUUCACUGGGGUGUGA